GUAAUUCAAACCAAAAUAAUAUAAUCAUAAAACUCGGAAGGAACUCCGUCCAACCACUCCCAUUGACACUACAAAUAAUCAUCCUCUCUUCUCAGUUGUUACUGCUACAAUUCAUUUCCUUCGUCUGUUCAUCAGAUCUACUCUCGUUCUUUUCUUUUGCCCAAAAUCUUCCAUUCUACCUGAAAUUGGGGUUUCCGAUAUACAGAAAUGAAGGAAGAUUCGCCAAAUGAUUUGGAGAAAAGCUAUUUCGAUGUAUUGGGUUUAUGUUGUUCGUCGGAGGUGUCACUGAUCGAGAAGAUUCUUAAACCUCUCGAAGGCGUUCACCAUGUCUCCGUCAUCAUUCCUUCCAGAACUGUAAUUGUGCUUCACGACGCCGCCUUAAUUUCUCAAUUUCAAAUUGUUAAGGCGCUAAACCAAGCACGACUAGAAGCAAAUGUGAGGAUGAAAGGAGUUCAAAGCUACGGAAACAAGUACCCAAACCCAUACGCCGUCGUUUGUGGUGUGCUGCUUUUGCUAUCAUUUUUGAAAUAUAUUUAUUCGCCAUUUAAAUGGUUGGCACUUGGAGCUGUUGCUGUGGGCAUUAUACCCUUAGCUUUGAAAGCUUUUGCAUCUCUACGAAUUUUCAGAUUCGACAUCAAUCUUCUCAUGCUCAUUGCAGUCGCUGGAUCCAUUGUCCUGAAGGAUUACUGGGAAGCCGGCACAAUUGUUUUUCUAUUAGUUAUAUCUGAAUGGCUGGAGGCAAGAGCAAGUCACAAGGCGACUGCUGUGAUGUCAUCAUUGAUGAGCAUAGCUCCUCAGAAAGCUGUAUUAGCUGACACUGGUGAAGAAGUCAACACUAGCGAAGUCAAAGUCAACACAAGACUUGCGGUCAAAGCUGGGACCAUGAUCCCCAUUGAUGGAAUAGUCGUGGAAGGGAAAUGUGAAGUCGAUGAAAAAACUCUAACUGGUGAAUCGUUUCCUGUUGUUAAACAAGUAGAUUCCAUCGUUUAUGCAGGGACGCUCAAUCUAAAUGGUUAUAUUAGUGUUAAGACUACUGCUCUAGCUGACGAUUGUGUGGUGGCAAAAAUGGGAAAGCUUGUUGAAGAGGCUCAAAAUAACAAAUCUAAAACUCAAAGAUAUAUAGACGAAAUAGCCAAGUAUUACACCCCUGCUGUUGUUGUGGUAGCUGCCAGCUUGGCAGCUAUACCAGCUGCUAUGCGAGUUCGUGACGUGGAGAAAUGGUAUCACUUGGCUUUGGUGGUUUUGGUAAGUGCAUGUCCAUGUGCACUUAUCUUAUCAACUCCAAUUGCAGCAUUCUGUGCAUUGUCAAAAGCAGCUACAUCUGGACUUUUAGUCAAAGGCGCUGAAUACCUUGAAAUACUUUCUGCUGUUAAAUUUAUUUGCUUUGAUAAAACGGGAACAAUCACUAAAGGAGAGUUCUCUGUCUCAAGCUUUAAACCGGUCAUUCAUACCGACAAAUUGCUAUAUUGGGUUUCGAGCAUCGAGAGCAAGUCGAGUCAUCCAAUGGCUGCGACACUUGUGGACUAUGCACAGUCUCAUUCAGUCCAACCACAACCAGACAAUGUGGAGGAAUUCAAAGAUUUUCCUGGAGAAGGAGUUUACGGGAAGAUUGAUGGGAAAGAUGUUUAUAUCGGAAAUAAAAGGAUCGCCAUUAGAGCAGGCUGCUCACAAGAUCUUAUCAGUGAUGAAAGGAAUGAAGGGAGGUCGACAGGGUACAUAUUUGUAGGGUCUUCACUUUCCGGAAUCUUUAGUUUAUCAGAUUCAUGUCGAAUUGGAGUACGUGAAGCGCUCCAACAACUCAAAUCAAUGGGAAUUAAAACCGCCAUGCUCACCGGAGACUCCCAAUCCGCCGCCAAUCACGCACAAAAUCAGUUAGAAGGAGCAUUAGACAUGGUCCACGCAGAACUUCUCCCUCAAGAUAAAGCCAAAAUCAUCAAAGAAAUCCAAAAAGAAUCCCCUGUAGCUAUGGUGGGAGACGGGAUGAACGAUGCUCCUGCUUUAGCCACAGCAGACAUCGGGAUCUCAAUGGGGGUGUCGGGGUCCGCAUUAGCAAAUGAGACAGGACACGUGAUUCUGAUGUCCAAUGAUAUCCGGAAAGUUCCGGUAGCUGUAAGGCUUGCGAGAAGAACACGUAGAAAGAUAUUUGAGAAUAUUUUCAUUGCUAUGGUUACUAAGGCUGCUGUUAUUGCAUUGGCUAUUGCUGGUCACCCGCUUGUUUGGGCUGCGGUUCUUGCUGACAUGGGAACCUGCUUACUUGUCAUUUUCAACAGCAUGCUUCUGCUACAAGGUACAAACUCGAAAAGCAGGAAAAAGAAUUCGGGUUCUUUACGUAACGAUGCACAGUGUACAUUUAACUCUAUGGUUGAAGAAAAAUGUUGUGAUGUGGGUGGUGGUUGUGAUUUAAAGGUUAAAGACGAUUCUUGUAGUUCAGAGGUUGAAGAAAGUUGUUGUGAUGGUGGUGGUUGUGGUUCAGAGGUUAAAGCCAAAUGUUGUGAUGUGGGUGGUGGUUGUGAUUCAAAGGUUAAAGACAAUUGUUGUAGUUCAGAGGUUAAAGAAAGUUGUUGUGGUUCAAAGGUUAAAGAUAAUUGUUGUAGUUCAGAGGUAGAGAUUAAAGAAAGUUGUGAUGGUGGUGGUUGUGGUUCAAAGGUUAAAGACAAUUGUUGUAGUUCAGAGGUAAAGGUUAAAGAAAGUUGUUGUGGUUCAAAGGUUGAAGAAAAGUGUUGUGAUGUGGGUGGUGGUGGUGGUUGUGGUUGGGUUGUCCAAGACAAGUGUGUGGGUGGUUGUUGUGGUCCUGAUAAAAAUGUACAAGAACAGAAGCAAUUGGUACAAGGAAAAGGAACACACGGGUGUUGUGAUGAUGAGAACGACGAAAUACAAGAGAUUUGCGUUAAAGAGCAAGGAGAACGCAACACCAGUAAUUCCUACAUCAAGUUGGAGAAAAUGGUUAAAAAUUGUUGCAGGAGGCGUGGCUUGAAAAAGAGGAAUGUUGCAGCAAUCGUUUGGACAUCAUCAAGUCGAGGAGGAUUUCUUGUUAAAUCUGUUGCCGAUGACGGAAUAGAAAGGAGGAAGUGUUACCGUGCUUGGAUCCAAGGAGCUGUUAUCGAUGAGUUUGUUAAAGGUGUUACCGAUUUCUUGUUAUAG